GCGGGCUUAUCCGUAUGCCUGAACAAACUGUGCAAUGCUAGAACAGAAUCAAAAAUACGUUGAUUGCAAUCGGUCUUGAAGCAGUGGUGUGCCUUAGAAAAUGACGCCGGAAAAGUUUCUUAGACGACCUAAAUCUAAAACAUGUGAAAAGCUUAAAAACAGUAAAACUAUGGAAAAUGAAAGUUCCAGUGCGGCAUCUACCUCAUCUCCUGAAAAUGCAUCAAGCAGACACUUGGCUGAUUUCGUGGACGGCAUCAAUUCUGCCAAACAAUCCACACCCUUGGCACCGGCCUCGUUACAAGGCACCGCAAACAAACGACAGCUACGAAGAAAAAGGCGAAGAAUUUCGUUGUCCGAAGAGGAUAAAGAACUGUUUGACAAAAACUUUGAAGAAUCAAUACAAACUGCAGCGGUUAAAAAUAAUCUUACUUCGAUGUGUGUCAAAAAGCUGUUAAAGAACAUUGUUGCGAACGAUCAUGUGUUCGCUAUGGUUUUGCUGAAGGAGGAAGAGGAUACUCAGAAAUUAAAAGAAGAUGUCAGUAAAGCAUCAAAAUCUGUGAGUCAUGAAGAUGACGAUGAUGAUGAUGAUGAUGAUGAUGAUGAUGAGAAAGUGCAACCUGAGCCCAAACUGACACGCUUAAAGGCAAAGCAGCUGAAGCAAAUACCUUUGCCGAUUGCUUCACUCAACGAACCAAUCCCUGAUGAUGAGGUGGCGGCUUUGAUCCGCGAAGAGUUAAAUUCAGACGAUGACGAUGAGGAGUAUAAGCCAACAGAGGACGAAAUUGUCUCCGAUGAUGAUCCAAAUACCACUGUGUCGGAUGUCGAUUCGCAACCCAGAACGCCAGCAUCAGUGGCUUCUGUUGUUGAUCCGGAUAAUGAACCGUACGUUCGGUAUACUAAAGAUGGUCUGUUUAAGAUUCCAAAACCUCGAAACGAUAGCCAAUGCUCGCAAUCUGAGCAGGAGCAGGAGCAAGAAAAUAUUGCAUUACGAACUCGGUCCAAGUUAUGCUUAACAACGACUGCAAUUGAAACACUGGAAUCUACAUUUAUACCACCGGAUAUUACGAAGGAUAUGUAUGAAUAUGACGGAGAAAUGGAUCAAGCUUGGAAGGAUUUUUUGGAGGAGUUCACCAAGCCAUUACCGAAUAAUUUGGAAGAUGAUGAUGAUAACGAUCCAGAGUAUGUUGCGGCCGAAGGAAUACCAUUGGAUCCCGAGGAAAUGAAAACAUUGAAAGUUUCCAAAAAGGAACUGAAUGAGUUGGUUCAAGAGUUAAUGGAAAUGGGUGCGACGGACGAUCAAUCUCUGUUAGAAGAAACUUUGACUAAAACUAUCAACGAAUCUUUAAAUUCUCAAAUGAAUGAUCGAGAUGCUUUGUUAAGUACGCCUGUUCCAGCAGAAGAAAGUAAUUGUAUCGAUGAUACGAUACAGUCAACCAUUGCUGAAAGUAAUGUUUCAACCAUGCCAGAACAGUUGUCUUCGACGGCUGUGUUACCACCGAAACCAUCGGUCAAUGAGUUUGUUCAAACUACGGAACAGUUGGAUACUCCUGGCUCUGGUUCUGGAUAUAACCCAACUAUGUACGCUACUGAAUGCGUACAAUUUCCAACUCAUAACGAUAUGCCAUCGAUAUCCAGUAGUGCGGAUGGUAGUGACAUCACCGGAGCUUCUUUACAGUCGACGGCAAUAUUUUCAACGAUCUCAAAUGAAAUAAGUAGUCAAAACGAUUCCUAUAAUUACACCGUUCUGCAGAACUGUACGAAACAACCGAAGUUUCUAUUGAAAUAUAAUAGCCUAGAGGAAACUUCGGGGGAUGAGUUGUCGCCAAAGAGGUAUCGCCUUAGCUCUACAACCGUGCCCGUUGAAGUGAACGUAUCGGAAACGACACCAGGAAUGAAUGAUUAUCAGUUUAAAUUACUGCACCAGCAGCUACGAAUGCACGUUCAGCUGACCGCGCAACAUUUUCUGCAAACAUAUGGUCAUCCCACGAUGUGGCAGAUGGCACCCAAGUUUAAAACGAUGCUUACAGAACUAGCGCAGAUUGGAAGAGCGAAGCCAAACAUUGUUCCGUGGAAUUUGCCAUUGGCAUUAGAUUGUUGUCAAAGUUGGGAGAAUCAGUUAGCCGUGGACGAUGACAACACAAAGUCGCUGAUGAAAUUCUGGAAAGAUGAGUUAGAUAGAGAGGAAAAGGAGCGAAAGAUACGUCGAAUUUAUCACAGUGAUUUUCAUUGGAUGGUUAGAGAAAAGAUCAUAAAUUGCAGGGCCUUCAUAUAUCCGUCCCUGAUACCGUACAAAGCUUUCCGCACUUGCCUUUCCUUGCAAGCAAGCGGCGCAAACAACUGUGAAAAACACUUGAUUGCAACAUGGUUAGAGCGAGCACAAGAAGCGCUUGAGAAAAAUAGUAAAUAUUUAAAAUCGAAAAAUGCACUGCAGAAGGUCCCAAUAGGAAAAGUUUGUGAAUAUGUUGUUAAACACUAUGUUCACGGUAUGUUCAGCACGGCUCGUUUGAAAAACUUAGUAUAUAAACGAAAAUCAGAUCCGGGUAAACCGUCCAAUCCUAUAUCGUUUUUCCUUCUCAACGGUUAUGCGCCUCCGUAUCAGCAUGAGCUGGAGGUGUUUGACGCAAAUAAUGUUAUUCCACUUUCACAGUACCACAAGGACACGCUCCAUUAUAAUUGGGAACGGUAUAUACAUUUUCAGAGAAAGGCUUUCCUUGAUAUACUGCCGUGUAAUAAGAGCGGGCCGCAACCAAUCGUGUACAAUGGAGCUGCUCAAAUACCACCGCCGGGAGGCGCAUCGAACGGACCGGAUAGUGCCUUCAGUAUAGGUGUGCUGCUUCCGGAAGGAGAAUCGGAAACAACAAUUCAAACGCAGAAUCAGUGCAUUCCGUUACAAAACAGUGACACGGAAAGAAGUCAGCCAGUGAACAAUGAUGCGGCCGAUGCGCAAGUUGGUGCGGUUGUCCGUGUUGCUUACGAUAAGUUUGUGGUGAGCUUUUUGAAUAGCGUUCAAGAAAAUGAUGUGCCUGUGAUUGUGGAGGGUCCAAGUGAUGGCGAAAAUACCGACAUAAGCACCGCUGUGUCCAGUAUCAGUGAUGAGUCUGUUUUCCCUGCGAAACAUUGUGUGUCUUUGUUGGGGGGUGAAAAUGCUAGGAAUGGUAGUGGCCAACAUGGUAAUCUUUCACGCUCGGCAGCAGUCGCGACACUGUACGCUGCCAUGAAAAAAUAUCUGCGGGUGUUGAAGAACGAAGUAAAACAGGAGCUGACAGGUUCAUUGCUUGCGGAUGCAACUCACCCGCUGUACCGUGUGUAUGCUCACUUCAAAACUUUAGAAGUGUAUUGUCGAUUUCUAGAUGAACUACGAAAAAUGUGUGAAAACCUUGAUGCAUAUCAAUACAAACCUCUGCCACAUUGUUCUUACCGGCAGGUACAGCAAGGUUUAUUGCGACUAUCAUGCAGCCAUCGUACUGAUGGCAGUCUCGUCAUAAACGCCGAGUACAUUACAGACCAAUUUGAGGAUUACCGGAGCAUGGAAGACAAGGAUGCUACGUAUGCGUUUAACUACUACGAAAAGGUGGAGGAAACGUUGCUUGCAUCCGGUCGUGGUGAUCUGCUGCAGCGCUUUGAGCAGAUUUUGAGGAACUAUGAUGAGUCGGAGAACCGGGUGUCUGUGUUGUACUAUCAAAUCGAAGACUUGCUGGGAGAAAGCUUUCCACAGCUGGUGGACAUGUUUCUUACCUUCCUGCUGCCGGGCCAGGCGGCCGAGGUGGGGAAAUUUUUCGAGCACUUUAUUCUGACAAACAUGGGAGAUUUUCUAGAGAAGCUAAAUGUGUUCUUUGCCAAACAGCCAUCCCAGAUCAAAAAGAUACAUGCUUGCCUAAACGAACUGUCCAACGAACCGGACGUUACGAUGGAACAAGUGAAAACGAAAGUAUUACCACUGCUCAAGAGCAGUACGCUUCUUACCGAAUGGUUCCUGCAACUAUUUCCCGGCGAACGUCCUCCCGAAUCGCCCGUAAGUGACUAUGAACACAUUGGGCUGAAAAAACACGCCCUAAAUGAAAGCUUCGAUGCUGGAUCGGUUUACGAACAUGUGUCCUACAUUGAAACGCUUCCGGAAGUGUCAGAAGUGCCUGGUUCUUCCAAUGCAAUUCGUUACAUACAGGGAAGAAUAUUCCAAGGGGCUCAACCAGCACGAUUGACAUUUCUCGCGAAUAAUUUUCUCACGAAGGUGGCUGUUCCCGACCAGCCUUCAUCUGAAGAGAUAGUAACGAAUGGCGAGAAUCUCUGUGAUGAUGCGACGCUGAUGGCACAUGCCAUUCGUCUGAACCCGUUGGUACACUGCCCGAAAGGUAUCACGUAUGCGGAUGUUGCUCAUCUAUUGGUAGAGAAUAGUAAAGAAAUGGACGUCCGACCCUUACCCGAAACUUCCGUUGCAAAUGCUCAUGCAAAUGAGGAGGACAAUAAACCAGGAACCAGUUCCAAAAAGCUAACACCAAAGCUACCGUUGAAAAAACGAUUCAAUUCGCCGAGUCCACGUAAGACAGGAAACUCGCCGGGCGAUGAGAAAUCAUCGCCAGUGAGUAAUAAGGAAUCAGCGACGUCAAAGAAGGCGGCUGCUGCUUCUACAGUGGCGAUAACGAUACCGCCAGAGUCCAAGGCUUUGGCAACGGCGCGGAAAUUAAAAUCGCUUGUUGACUCACCACAAACAAGCUCUCAGGAAGAGCGACAGUUAGACGGAACUAGCCCAGCUGAUCCAGCAUGCAGUGUGAAGAAAAAGCCAGAAACAACAGUACAACCUGCAAAACAAUCCGCGCCUGUAAUAUCCAACAGUAGCAGCAGUAGUAGUAGUGGCGGCAAUUCUAAUGCUGGCGGCUGUAGUGUUAAAGUCAGUAAUAGCAGUACCAAUGUUGAAACGCGCCAGGAACCAGAAGGACAGAAGCAAGCCAACAGUAUAGAUGCGCCAAGUUGGACGCGAGAGGAAGACAAAAUAAUUCUGCAGGAUAUAAUAAAAGGAUACUCAUCGGUAGAUACGUUCAUUCAGCAGAUCGAACAGAAAAUACCAUCUAGGACUAGUGAGCAGAUACGAAAUAGGUUUGAAUUUUUGCUGCGAAUGUUACGCCAGGUUAAACAGAAAUGAACCGAGCUGGAAUCAAUCCGGUCAUGGGUUGAAAGCCACAUUGUAAAUAACAUUUGUAGUAUUGUGUUGUACAACGAUGUAAAUAUAAGACUUACGCGUUAACUUAUGACAUUUAA